GGGUCAGGGAAAGGAAAUGAGAGCAGCAAUAAACUGUAACAAAGUUUACAUUUUACAGGAGAGGCAGUUUUGGCUCCUACUUUACAAUAUCACAGAGUUGUGUUUUAGAAGUCCUACUGCUGAACCCUAAUCCAGAACUAUAGAGAACAGAUCAAAGCUUAAAGAAGAGACUUUCACAGAAUUAAAUUCCGACAGGGCUUGUUAAAAAACUGUCAUCAACAUAAAUGGCAAAAGAAAAAGAAAGAAUUCCCUUUGAAUAGGAAAAGUCUCACAUGUGAAAUGCCUUAUAAAAUAAAUCUCUGAAAUUCCACUGGACCAUUUGGGACUUGUCAUGAAGAUCAGGACACUUCUCCUUACAAUGCAAACAAGCUGCUUAUGAAUGACCAGCCUGAGUGUGAGAAUAAAAAUAACACUAGAAUAAUCCAAAUAUGUACCACAUGCAUAGCUUCAAUAGAAAUGGAGUGACUCGGCAGAGUGGUAUGUCCGGGAAAGCUACGGGUUAAUUUAAGACUAGGAGCAAAACCUGUUGCCAAUUAGGAGCAGUGAGCGCCACAUGUGGGCUAGACGUAGCUAUCUCCAGAAGGGGCAAAGGGGGCAGAAACCGCGGUGCGCGCAAUGGAGACAAGCUGAAUUUCUGUUCAAUCACUCGUUCAAGAUCAAUUGGCAGUUACGUGUGUUGACAAUUACUAAUUUGACGGAUUUUUUCUUAAAGGGAUGAUCCAUCAAGAUAAACAGAACUGAGGGAUUAAUGCGUUAAAAAGGCAUAAUUCAAUUUUUACCUUUCAGCUUUGCAACAUGGCACCUAUGUCUGCGAUAUUUUUAUUCUGUCUCACAUUUAUACUCAGUGCAACACAGAGCGUGUCUGAGAUCUGCCGGGGGACGCACUGCUUGUCUGGCCAGGACAGGAGCAGACCGUGCGUCGGAGCGCACUGCCAGGGGCGCACGGACACAGCAGCGGCGUCCCGACGGCAGUUUCACCACUCUGCACAAUCCAGACCAGGACAAGUCCACCAGAGUUACCAACAGGAUGCUCAUUUCAGUCAUCACCAAGCCCAGAGCGCGCCGUUAGCACAGUACGCCAUCAUCCAACCUCAGCAGGGCGGCUUUGCGCAACAAGCGGGUACGGAUGGCAACCGGAGGACGAACCCGAGAACCAUCACGGCGGAGGUGUUUCAUCCUGGCUGCGCCGGCGGGACUUGUCCGACUUCUGUCUCUAAUCGCCCGACAAGUGAUGACAGCGCAACACGGGAGUGCAAAGGGAUUGGAUGUAAACUGCCCCCCCGGAUGCGCCAAAAGGCGCAUGGAGGAGACGACGGGAGAGGCAACUCUUCCCCGGUUCAUGUAACAGACAGAGCAGCUCAAUUUCUGGAUGAGCUUCCAGACUUUGGGUCGGAACGUGGUGCAUGGAUACAGCUGACAUGUGACAUGAAACCAGGGAACAAUGAGGUUCCCUCAGAGGAUGCUCUUGUGCUGCAGCUGCAGUUGUCUAAGAGCCAGGAGAAGCUCGUUGAGGCCCUCAAGGGCCAGCAGGACGAGGUCAAAGAGCUGCAGAGGCUCCUCACUGAGCAGCAGGGGACGCUGGUCAGCCAGCAGAGAGAAAUACUGGAGCAACAGAGGAGGAUGCUGGAACAGAUGGAGCAAGUGAAGGCACAGUACAACAUACUGAUGGACGGCAUCAAACAAACAUCCUUCCCAAACCUCCAGGGGGAGUUGGACAGUCAUAUGGAAACAUUGAAUGGGCAAGUCAGAGCUCACCAAGCACAACAGGCCCUCUCUUUGCACAAAGUGGACAUGGAAGCCAGCAUCAUGGAGGUGGGGCGGCCCCUGCUGUCCUGUGGGAGAUGCGGCCCCGAGGAAUACUGUGGCUUCAGCAGUGGUCGUCCUCGCUGUGAGAGGUGCACCAUCUGUCCCUCUGGCUUCUUCCUGGUUGCCCAGUGUUCAGUCCAUUCAGACAGAAUCUGCCAGGACAGAGAUGAAUGCCUCGAAAUAACUGAUCUUUGUGGAGAUCAACAAAAGUGUCUCAACACUCCAGGUGGAUUCAGGUGUCAGGGCAUGACAGAGCGAGAGGCCAACUCAGGAAUGUGCGGCCACAGCUACUUCUACAACACGGACAUGGAUGAGUGUCAGGCCUGUAAUGAGUGUGACGGAGAACCUGUGGCCUCACCAUGUACUUUCACUACAGACACCAUCUGUUCCGACCCUGCUUCUGCCGACAGCGCCCUCUCCCUGUCCUGGGCUGGAGAUGUGAGUCUGCCUGGCGCAAAAGGUGACAUCGUGGCUCAUGCCUUCCCCAGCGUGCAGCUUCACAUCCAAGGAGGAGGUGAUGCAGGCCUGGUGUCUGUUGAGGAUGGACAUCUGGUGCUCAGGCAGCAUGGCCUGGUCUGGCUGGAUGACAAUCUCUCGGUGAACCACGGCUGCCGCAGCUUUAUCCAGGUGUGUUUGCGUAUGAAUAACACUGAAGGCUCUGAGGGUCGUGACCUCAGUGGCGUCAGGGUCGAGCAGCGGGAGGUGAGGUCACUCCAGAGUGUCAGCAUCAGUGGGGUAGCAGAGGUCGCGCCGGGUCACAUGAUCUCUCUGUUCCUUCAGAGUGCCAGCCACCACUGUAACCAAACGAAUGAAGGUCUGCAGCUAUAUGACCCCUCAGCAGCUCCGUUUAGUCUCUUCUGGCUCUCCCAUGACACUGGGGCUGUUGCCAUGACAGCACAGGCGAUGGUGUCUGCACACUACCACACAAACUAUCGCCCGGUCUUCCGCACCACCUCCACCUCUGACCCUUACGUAGUGGGGCUGACUCAUGACGGCCGUGGGAUCCGUUUUGCAGAAAGUGGCACUGUGCGCUUCGUAUUUCAGCAGGCGUUGUACUCCAUGGGCCAGGCAUGUGUGAGUGAGGGCUUCCAACUAUUGGCGUACCUCAACCGUAAUGGGACCGGUAUGGAGUUGUGCCGUACCUUCAAACCUGGUGUACACUACCGUGACACAUCCAUAUCUCUGUCUGGAGUAGCUAAAGUUGGCCCUGGAGACACACUGGCCUUUGAGAUCCUCUCUCCUGCUCAGUGUAAUGUUCGUUUCUUUGGUGAUGAGACAGGCAUCAGUAUCCUCAGCUUGGUUUGGGUCCCCGCUGCUAUCUCUUCCUCUCUCUCUGCCUCUGUGGCUCACACCGGCCUUCCCUCAGGAGCCGUCCGAAACAAGCCACUGUUCUUCCGUCAGACCAGCCCUCAGGUUCCCCAGAUGGGGCUUGUAGGAAAGGGAUCCACAGAUCAGAGACGAGAUUUGGUCUUCAGGGAGAGUGGCACAGCCAGUGUAGCUCUGGACCUCAAACUCAUUCAUUCCUGCAACCUGGUCAAAGUGACUCUGCUCAGGCGAAGUGAUCCAGAGCAGUCGGGGGCAGGCAGGGAGGCAGAGGGAGUGCGGCCCAUCCCUCUGGCCCAACAGGUGGGUGGCCAGAUGGCUGAGGGCAGCCAGUGGGCCAGUGUGAGCCUGCGGGCGUCCUUCCAGGUGCGUAACGGCACAGCAGUGUUCUUCACACUUGACUGUGUACGUGGGCGGGUCAACCAGAUCAGCCACCACACAGGAAGUGGAGUGUCAAUCCUCUGGGUGGCAGCAUAACAAAAGAAAGACAAAACUUUGCUAAGUUGUUUCUUUAUAUGGAUUGCAGUUCAGUAGACAAGUUGUUAAGCCAUUUAUAGGACAGACUAGUUUCUCUGGUUUGAUUAGAUAUAUUGGAAAAUACGUUUAUUCUAUUCGCUUUCAUGCCGAGAGUUAGAGGAGAAGAUCAAUACCAAUCUAAUAUUUGUCUGUCAGAUAUCAAGCUGGAGCCAGGACACGGUUAGCUUAGCUUAGCUUAGCAUAAAGGCAAGGAGGAGGAGGAAACAGCCAGCCUGACAUAAAACCACAACUGGUCAGUUUUACACUUCUGUGUUUUGCAUGUGUUAAACAAACAUUAAUGUGUUAAUCUCUGAGCUUCAGGGGUGCUGACACAGCAGGUAAAUGGUUUUACUUCGGAUGUAGUCAAGCUAGCUGUUUCCCUCUAGUCUUUCUGCUGAAAGGACAGAUAUGAGCUAUCAAUUUAUUCUACCAACUAUUCUUUUAAGCUGCUUGAUUUGUAAUGACUACAGCUAAUUUGUUUUUUUAAGUUUUAUAAAUGUAUUUUAUGUUUAAAAACGCUCAAAUAUUGACUUUUGUUUUUUUUAAAAAAGUAGCAUUAUGCACCAAUCAUCAUAUUUAUAAUAAAUCAAGUGUUAGCAUUGUGUAAUGGUUUCUACAGAUGUACAAAAGAUGGCUCUAAAAACCAGCAUUCACAUUAUAAUAAUGUUUAAAUUUAGCUUGUGGUUGAGUUUUCUGCUUUUUUUGUGCUCAUAAAUCCCACAUGUUGUAUUUUGUCUGUCUUUUAUUUAUGUAAUUCAGUUAUUCUGUUGACGCCAAAGGACUUUCAGAUCAUUACCACUGUGACUACAGCAUUUUCUGCUGUUACCAAAAGCAGCUUGCUGGUGCAGGUUUCAGUCAGCCAAGAGUGUGUUUCUUUUUAAAGAGCAUGUGUUUCAUGUUAGCCGCCAUUUUCUAAUGUGAAUAUCUGCUGCAUGCCUUGUUUAAUGACCACUUUCAGCAUAUUAUGGACAUAAAGACAGUCAUGUGUUUCAAAGCCCUGUUGACAUCAAACCAUUCCAUGAUAUUCCAAAUAUUAACACCUUAAGACAUAGUUAUGUCUGUUUAUCCAAAUUAAGCUGUAAUAAAAUGUACAUUUGAUGUUUUAUAGUCAACCCAAUAAAGAUACAUUUGUUUUGCCA